GCGACGGCGGCGGGGAAGCGCCGCGCGGCCAGCGGGCGGUGAAGCCGCUUCCGCCGUCGCGGCCCGUCCAGCAGUAAAAAUGGCGGAGUCGGUGCUGGAAGUUGUGGGCAAGCUGCAGUCGCGACUGGCGGGCAGCUCGGAGCCGAAGAAGCUGCUGAAAAGUCUGAAGAGGCUGUCUGAGUUGCCCAUCACAGUUGACAUUCUUGUGGAGACGGGUGUCGGGAAGACUGUGAAUGGCUUACGGAAACAUGAGCUCGUUGGAGACUUUGCAAAGAACCUCGUAGCCAGGUGGAAGAAGCUGGUGCCAGUUUCCCAAGAGGCAGACAGAAAUAAUCUAGAUUCUGAAGACCGUGACUACGAGAGGAGCAGCUCAAGGAAAAGACAACGAGAUGCUUCCCCUAGAGAGGAUGAGGAACCUGACCAGGACUAUUCAGAGCCUUUCCAGCCUUCGUGCAGCCAGCCCUAUAGUCCAAAUAAUAGGGAAAAGAAGCCCAAGAGGUAUUCUGGGUCUGAGAGAGCCCAUCAGACUUAUGGCUAUAGCAGCCAAGAGGGUAAGGGUUGGGGCAGAUCUUCCCCAGUGCUCUCCUCGGAUCAGGAGUACUCGGACUAUGGACAAGCUGUGUCACCUGAGCCAAGUGAGAGCCCUCAGGAUAUGUACACGGACCCUUAUGCCUCUGAGGAGCAGGAAGAACAGACAGUAUUUCAUCGGAAAGCCAGCAAAGGCCACAGCUUUCAGGAUAAGGUGGGAGGAAGCCAGGAGAGGAAUCCUGGUGAGUUCCACAACAAAAGGAACCCGAGUCGAAGCAAAGAGCACAAGUCUUCUCACAAAGAGAAGCAGCGACUUGAUGGCAGAGGGGAAGACAGGACCUCUGCCUCCAGCCCUGAAAGAUUGCACAAGACCUCUCUAAAAGAGCAGCUCCGAGAAGCCCCAGUGGCAGGGGGCAGCAAGGAGAAGCAGAGGAUGUCAGAUAGCACCAAGAAGGAGAAGAACCGGGAAAGUGCUAACUCCAAAAAGGAGAAGUUGCACAUGCAGCCACACUUGGAAGAGUCUCUGGACAACCAUGUUAAGAAGCAAAAACAUCGGGACUCUGAGAAAAGCAGAUUAGAAAAAUCCAAGCUGAGCCUGGAGACCUCUACCACAGAGCGGGAGAAACGGAAAGCUGAGAGUGACUCCUCAAAUAGGAGUAAAGAAAAGGGGAUUUCUGGGAGCUUAAAAACUUCAGAGGGGAAACACAAGGCCUCUGAUGUGGACAAAAAAUCUGUGGGUUUUUCCUCAAGUUUUGGGGAGGGAGAAGUGGAGGAUGAAUUUGAGCAACCUACAAUGUCCUUUGAGUCUUACCUCAGCUACGACCAGCCACAGAAAAAGAAAAAGAAAGUGGCCAAACCCGCCGUGUCAGUUGGGGAGAAAGAUCGAGGGCACAGCAAGCAGAAUGGAUCCAAAGCCAGUACCAAGAGCUCAAGCUCAAGUCGAAAGAGCCCGAGCCACAAGCGGACAAGUGAGAAAAAGGCAGAGAAGAAACUAUCGGAGCCUCUUAAACCAAACAGGAUACUUAUAGAUGUGGUGCCAACGUUACCAGACAUCCCACUGCCCCCGAUCCAGGCCAACUACCGCCCUCUUCCCUCAAUUGAGUCCAUCACCUGCUCCCAGACGAAAAGGAAAGCAGUGUCCUCACCAGUUGAAGAGAGCGAGGCUGGUUUUACAGGCCGCAGAUUGAAUUCAAAGAUGCAAGUGUAUUCGGGCUCUAAAACUGCCUACCUCCCAAAGAUGAUGUCUCUGUAUGAGCAGUGUAUCAGAGUCCUCAGUAACAACAUUGACUCAAUCUAUGAAGUGGGUGGUGUUCCUUUCUCGGUGCUGGAGCCUGUGUUGGAGAGAUGCACCCCAGAGCAGCUGUAUCGCAUUGAGGAAUGUAAUCAUGUCUUAAUUGAGGACACGGAUCAACUGUGGCACAAUCAUUGUCUCCGAGACUUCAAGAACGAGAAGCCAGAAGAGUUUGAAUCCUGGCGGGAAAUGUACCUUCGACUUCACGAUGCACGAGAGCAGCGGCUGCUCAUGUUAGCACGGAACAUCGGCUCAGCUCAUGCCAACAAACCCAAAGGCAGAGUGGCCAAGAUGGCAUUUGUGAACUCUGCAGCAAAGCCCCCUCGGGAUGUACGGAGAAGACAGGAGAAGUUUGGAACUGGAGGACCUCUUCUGCCAGAGAAGACCAAAAUAAAACCAGUCCUUUACACAUCUAGCAAAAGCCAUUCUCGUAUGAACGAGGAACAGUCCUAUGAUGGGCCCAGCACCAGCAGUGCCCAUUCUGUCCCAUCAUCAGGUAGCACCUUCUCCUCCUAUGACCCCAGGAAACCACCAGUGAAGAAAAUUGCACCCAUGAUGGCAAAGACGAUCAAAGCUUUCAAAAACAGGUUCUCUCGAAGAUAAGCUUGCAGCACAGAGCUGGGAAUUUCCCUCUCACAAGGAAGUGGCACUGAAGGGGGAGAAGGUACCCAAAUAGCCCAGGUCCUUUCCUUGGAACUCUGCGGAGGCUGCAGCUGCUGGGAGAGGCUUCAGUCUGCACAAGAUGACAGCACAGUAUUUUAUCUUUUAUUCUGGUCCUUUUAUCUGUGUCAAGCCCCUUCUCCCUCCCCUUCACACUUAAAAUCCUGUUUCUGGCCUUGUCUUAUGUCAAAAGAAGGGUGUACAGAAUCUCCAGACAUGAGAAAAUGUGAAGUCUUAGCACCUGCUGAGAGUGGAAGAUCCAGAGACUAUUUACUAUUUAACCUCUUAAUAAAUUAUAAAAUAGUUUUAACUAAUAUUUCCCCCUUCUUUUCCCCCACUGAUACUAUUUAUGUCGCUCCCAGUAUUCUCCUCCCUCCCAUUCCACUACAAGGGCCAGCCUUCUCUAUGACUCAAUUUGGUAGGAGUCUGUCUGAGCAGAUGCUGGUUAUCAAGGGAGUCUUUCCUUGUGAUCUGGUACCUGCUGGGCCCAAAGUCACACCUGGACUCUCUGGGACAGGUGAUACUGCUGACCUGUCUGCUCAUCAGUCCAUUGGCAAGUGCAUCGAGUCCUGAGGCUUUGCUCUCUACUUGUGUAUGUUAAUAAAAUCUUAGCUCUCUACCUUCUCUCUGCUGUUUCUGUAGAUCUUGUACAGAUGCUUGUGUUGUGCAGGGAUGCCAGGAGCCUUUGGGGACUUUCUCUGCUGCUGUUGUCUUCUGCUGGCUACUGGGAAUAAAACUAUGAGGGUUUGGGGGAGAAAUUUUACUGUGCUCCAAUGAACAUUUUAAAUUUUUCUUGUUUGUUUUUCUUUCUUUUUUUCUCUUUUUUUUUUUUUGAGGGAGGGAACUUAGUUUUGUCUGCCUCUAGAACUGAAAACAGUUUUUAAAUAUCAAUGAAGGUAUCAGUUUGACUGUUUUAGUGGAAAGAAGGAAUACUUUUAUCUUGUUUUCUGCAUGGAUUUGGGAAGGAUUUAUUUCCAGUUUGGAAGCUGGUACUUGAAUCCUGUCCUUUCCCUCUGCCCCCUCUUUGGAAGAAGCAAGUAUUUUCAUAUUUGAACCUGAAACCACUUGACUGAGGGUGAAGGGAAGUAAAUAAUGGAACAUUUUGUUUUUAAUAUGUGCAUACUUCCUAGCAGAAGUUCAAAACACUUGGUUAUAUGUGGUAUCUGAGGAACUGGAGCUCUGGAAGGACAGUGUAAGAGGUGACUUAACUGAACUUGCUGGGCUUGGCUGAACUGUGACAAGGUGCCUUGGAGCACAGCUCCUCUCAAAGUGUGGGAGGGUACUGGAAGUUCAGGUGUUAGAUGUGUGAUUUCAGGUGGACUUACUGUGGCUGCAGCAGAGACAGAAGAGAUGCCUGUUACUAGGCACUUGCAGCUAAGUGUGAAGCCUUGUGGUGAGCAUUUCUGUUUAUGGAUUAAAUCUGACUUGAUAGCAAACUUACAUGGAGGUAGUGCAAGUGGAGGUUGGAGUGGUUAGACCCAGGUCAUGCAGGGAGGGAGCCGGCCUCUGUGAUGGCUCUGACCUCUGAGUGGAUCACAAAAAGAGAGAAGGGUGCCUGUUCCAAGCCAUAUUUGUUCCCCUAGGACCUUGUCUGUGUGGAAAAGGUGCUGGCAGUGGAUAUUGUUCUUGGUGGCAGCUCUUGAACCUCUGCCUCUGGCUUUUCAGGCCUGGAAAAUGCUGAAAAAGUAGAGUUGUCUCUAUGUGCUGACCAGGGGAAACCUUCCUGGAGGGCUUUAGAAAAAUCCCUGUAUGCUUUUGGUUUCUCUCUCUCUUUUUUUUUUUCCUUUCUUCUCUCUCUCUCUUUUUUAAUCCCAAAUUGCUCUUUUAUUUGGUCUGUUUGCUUCUUAUUUUGAAGGUUUUGGAAAAGUGUUCUCAGUUUCUUGUGCUGUAAGUUUGUUACAGUCCCAAAUGCUUUAAUGUUACCGUGCAGCAUUUCAGUGUGUUUUGUGCUGUAAAAUAAUGGCUCCUUACUCUUGCAUUUUGCUGUAUUUAAUUUUGCUGUAUUUUUAAUUAGAUAACAAUAUAUUAUCUUCUGCUGACUGUUGUGCUACCAUUUAUUUCUGCUUUGUACUUGGGGUAGGGGCAGAGGGGAGGGAAGUCUAGCAUUGCAUUCAUGCCCCAGUGGAGCAAAGGAUCUGGAUGAAGCCCAAGAACAAUCUCGGGCACUACUAAAUUGCCGCUUAAUUAAUAUGACAGUUAAAUACGCUGAUGUGGGUACAGCCCAAAGCAUUGCUGUUACUUGGUGUACCUUCCCACUCAAAGCAGUCCCUUUGCUCAAGGCUUUGCCGACUGUGUCAGUAUUUUAGCUUAGCUGGAUUGUGGGAGGGGGCUGUGGAGAGGAUCAGACAUGACAGUGUCUGAAUUAACUCUGCUCUCUGAGGAGUCAUGCCAACAUCUCUCCCUUCCCUCUCCCUCCUCCUGCUCAGACACUGGAGCCACGCAGCCAGAAGAAUGUGAGCAUCAGUCCUCAGCAGGGAAGGGAAGAGGGAUACGGCCACGAGACACAGGCUAAGCAAAGCCUAGGGUAAAAGCGCUUGCCCCGCUCUCAGCCUCUCAGUGCCCAGGGUGUUACACUUGCGCAAUUCUUCUGUGCUACACUACACCCGAAGGAACUAAACAGAGCUGCCUCUUCCCCCUUACAGCUCUGCUGCUGGUGGGAUGGGUAACAGGGGCAGGAGGGGGAGUGACUUCGACUUGCCAUUUGUAUUUUGGUCUCCAACUAUGUAUAUACAAUUUUCUAUGUUCCUUUUUUUUGUGGUAACUAAGAUGAAUAUUUUAAUUAGAUAAGUUAUAUGAAAAGAAGAAAAUCACGUCUCAAUAAAAGGCAAACACUGGA